AUGCAGUUUGGUAUUUGCGACAUGCCGUAAAUUUCGCGGCGAGUGUAAACAGUCGUCUGUCAGAAAGAAUGACGCGGUGGAAACGACAGGGAUUUUCAAAGCAAAAUAACAAAUACACAAAAAACUCGGAGGUCUUAAAAUCCCGAUGGAAGUGCGUCCUGGAAGACCACAAUUAUUCACACUCACAGGCCAAUCGUCAUCUUUCCGACACGAUAAACAACGAGGAAACAAGUUCCGAGCAAGUUCCACCGGUACAUGUACCCCACACGUUCAACGAUCGUGAAGUUCCCGACACAGCUGGAUGCAAUGUGUUUGUUCAUUCAGAUUCUGGCUAUGAUUCAUCAUGGAGAGAAGGAAGGAGGGUGGUGGAGCUUGGGGUUCUGGCCGACGGAUUGUCUGGAUGUAAACAGUGUGGAUUGCCACUUCAGUUGUCUCACACCCAAGGAAUACGUGAUUGUGGCUUAGGAAGCUUUCUUCAGGUUCGCUGUAGAAAUUUAUGGUGUGGACAUGUUAAUGUGAUUCCAACUGGAAAACGCCAUGGUCGCAUAUGGGAUGCAAAUACUAAAUUAGCUACAGGAAUGAUCCAUACUGGCAUUGGCCCAGCUCAAGUAAAUGACCUGUUAACAUCUUUAAACAUCCCUGCUGUGAGUACAAAGACCAUCCAGAAUAGACAAACAGAGACAGGGCUGGCCAUUGAAAAAGUUGCUGAAGACACCAUCCAUCAGGUCUUACAAGAUGAAAUUCAAGCAACAGUUGAAACUGAAGGAACUGAAGAAUUAACAGUGAGUGUUGAUGCUGGAUGGCAGAAGAGGGGUAGUGGUCACUCAUUCGAUAGCUUAUCGGGACACUGCUCAAUGAUUGGUGAGCACACUGGCAAAAUAAUUGGCUAUGAAGUUCGUAGCAAGACAUGCAGGAUCUGUGAAAGUGCCAAACGAAGUGGGAAAGAAGCCAAGGAGCAUGACUGCAGACAGAAUUGGCAAGGAAGUUCUAAAUCUAUGGAACCAAGCAUGGUAAUUAGUAUGGUGGAGAAAAAACUGGACAAAGGAGUGAAGGUGUCCACUGUUAUAGCUGAUGAUGACACCACCACCAUUUCUCGCCUGAAAAAGAGUGUGAACCCAGAUAUUAAAAAAAAGUGUGACAAGAACCACAUUAGGAAAAAUUUUUCCUCAAGUCUAUAUGCUUUGCAGAAAAAGCACAAGUCACUGUCUUCAAAGGUUAUCCGCUAUCUUCAAAAAUGCUUUAAUUAUUUACUAGCACAAAACCAGGGAAACCCAAAAGGAAUAGAAAAAGCGCUUGAUGCCCUCUGUAACCACCCUUUCGGAAACCAUGAGUCAUGCAGCGAUUCCUGGUGUCAGCAUGUCAACAAUCCGAAGCAAAGGUACACUUCCUUGCCUUAUGGAAAGCCAUUAAAAGACUCGGCCCUUCAAGAUUCUCUACAUUCGUUAUGCAACCAAUGGAAGCAGAACAGCUGUAAGAUUUCCAGUCUGGGAAGCACCCAACCAAAUGAGUCCUUCAAUAGGACUGUGUCACUGAAAGCUCCGAAAAACCACUACUUUAGCAGCUCAGCUAGCUUAAACUACAGAGUAGCAGCAUCUGUGGCAGAAAAAAACUCCGGAGCAUCUUAUCUUGUUGCUGUAAACAAAAAGAUCGGGUUAUCUCCAGGAAGGUUUACGAGAAAGUUGUGCUACCUCAGGGAAUCCCAGACCAGGAAGAGAAAGGCGAUCGCCAAAACUAAGGAGGCCAAGAGAAGAAGGCGUGAGCUGAAGGCCAGGAGGUAA